AUGUCAUUGGACAGCCAUAGAAACUUUGUGUCAGGUGAAUUUCAAGGAAAUGAAAAUGUUAACCGUUUUGACCUGAAAGAUCAAACAAAUUUUAAAGACAACAGUAGUAAAUGGAGUGGGCGACCUAGGGCACAUAGAAAGAUGGCACGUUUGCUGGGUAGUGAAGAUCAUAGAAAUUACUUGCAAAUCGCUGAAGCAAAUAAUUCUCAUAAAUCUUCUUUUUCAAAGCAAGUGUCUGCACUGGAAUCAGUCUCUCAGGAUAAAAAUUUGUACCAGCAAAAUAUUCAGAAAAGCUUAACAGGUUCACGAACUUUCCUUACCGUAGAAGAAGAGCUAGACUUGAGAACAAACCAUCAUCAGCAAAGAAAUUUUAUUUCUAGAAGACAAGAAAAUGAAAAUAGACAGCAUACUGCUCAAAGAGAAUUUGGCCUGCUACACAAUUCAAAUUCAUUCUUAUUUGAUUCAAACAGCAUAGCAUCAUCUAUGCACAAAGAUGCCACCUCCAACCUUUUGGCCAGUCAACAGUUUCUUCCAUCAGCUCAGCUGGAUCUCGAUUUCCAUUCAUCAUUAUCAGUCUCACAGUCUCAAAAGGAUUUAGAUCUGAACCAACACUUUGGUUUGCAAGUCUCAAAAGACUUUAGCUUAGAAGGUUCACACCCAGUUUCAAAUCAAGAUGACUUCUCUUUUGAUCCGUCGGGAGAUACUCCACAUGUGAAUCAGGCAGAUUUAUCUCUCCCUGAUAACCUUGGCAUUGUAUCUCAUGUACAGCCAGAACUAAGUUUUGAAGCUUAUUUCAACUCUACAUCAGACAAAGAUUUUGCCUCCACUUCAGACAGGGAUUUCAGUGCUGCUUCUGAUAGAGACUUAACCUUUUGUCGAAAAUUGUCAACAUCAACCACCAGAGACUUAAAUUAUGCUUCAAAUGCCUCUGUCAGUGAUUUUAAUAUUGAAGAUUAUAUGACUCCUCAAACACAGAGAGAUUUAAGCCAGUCUUACUUCGAGAGACCUGAUAUGCCUCAAGAUAUGACAGUAUAUCAGAAAACACCCUUGGACAAGUCAUCCAUACCAGAAACUCUGACUUCAUUUAAGGGACAUGAAAAAGGUCACAGUCUUAUAACAAGCAAAGAAAAGCAAGGUGAAAUCUCUGAACUACAGAAGGAGUUAACCAAAACUUCCACCAAGGAGAGUUUAAAAGGAAUUCGAAUUCCAAGAGAUAUUAACAGGGCCAUGGAGAUCUUGCAAGGGCUUCAAGAUGAUGAAAGGGAAGAAGAAAGGCGCAAGGAACUGCAACAGAGGCAGCAAUAUCAACAGCACCAACAAAUGCAAGGUCUUAUCUCAAGUCCCAAGAAGACCUUUCAAAACAAGCAUAACAUUGAGAGCUCAGGAUUGACAGAUCAGCAAUUACUUGCAUCCUCAGGAAAUUUCAUGGUGGAUCAUUCUGUUGGAAGCUUCCUAGACCAUUCACAUCUUUCAGUGCCAGAACAGCCUUCAGAUGGUCUGCAGAUGGUGCACUCCUAUCAGCCACUGGCUCAGAUGCAUCAACCUCUAGAAGUUGACAUGGUUUCCACACUUUCUACAAAGCGUGAUCUCCAGCAGAAUCUAGCCCAACAGAUGACAUCAGAACUUGACUACCACAUAUUCAAAAGACUAGCAUGUUCAACAUCGUUAAAAAGCACCACACCUCAGGGUUCCUGUUUUUCUGCCACCAAUAAUCUGGCUUCCAUCCUGGAUGAAAAUCACACUUCUGACUCUGAGAUACAAUUCCAAGUCAGUGGACUUCAUUAUCAGACUCAGCAAUCUGACUUGGAUGACGUUGUUUCCAAUAGCAUACUUGGUGGUGGUGGGGGCCAGACCACACUGGAACUUAACAGAUCCAAAAAUGAUGUGACGUUUAUGGAUUUUGAACCCCAACAACCCCAGCAUUUAGUCAGUGAAAAGUUACACAACCCAAUUGUUUCUGACGAUGCUACCAUUCACUCCUCAACUGAACUAGGCCAGAACGUCUAUGCCAAGCAAGAAACAGAAGUUCUAAUUUCUUCCCGCAAAAAUCUGUACGACAUGAUGAAACGAGAACAGUUUUGUGACGCAGUGCUUUCAACAUCAAAACAGACUAUAAAGGUUCAUCAGGUAGUGCUGUGUUCUAUGAGCCAGUAUCUCACAACUUUGUUGCAAAAGAUGAAGCCACAGCUGCCUAGUUACACAGACCAGGCACCUACGUCAACUGCAAAUCUGACUUCACAAACUACAAAACAUUAUAGCGUCUUACUAGUGGUCAACUACGAUGGGAUCAAGUCAAGUUCCAUGAUGGCUUUCCUUGUGUACAUCUAUCUCGGAAGAGCUGAAUUAAGUGAGAGUAAUGUUUUAGAUCUGUACAUGCUGGCAUGUAGUUUAAGGGUACCAACUCUGAAGGACAUCUGCACAGAAUUCAUGUGGCAAGCUCAUAUUCCCAAUGAGCAGAUCAAGGUGCCACAGCUGAUUGUGUCCAUUCAGAGGUUUGAGAUGCAAGAACAAGCUACCAGCACUGAAAUGAGUACAGAAGACAAGGGUACAAACACAUCUUACAGUACAAGGGCAAUGGAAGUUGCCACACAGACAGACAGAUCAACAUCGAAGGCAGGAGAAGGAAGUCAGGAGGAAUGGGUUAUGUUGAAAAAAACAAAGCAGAAAACCGUGUCUCCCUCAAAAUCUCGGCUUCUUGGGAAAUCUGUCACAGUCACUGACAGCCCCAUUGGUUGUAAGGUUGGAAAGAAAGGAUGGCUGUCUCCAAAAAGACGUUACAAGACUGAAAAUCAGACUGAGGUGAAGAUCACUGAGAAAGAAGUUGUAAGUGGAAAGGAAGUCACCAGUGCUUUUCCUGGCAUGAUUUUUGGUUCAAACAGUGGAGACAUCAACCGGUUAGAUAUUCCGCAGUCCAGGUUUUCUCACAGUAGCAUCUUAGAUGUCAAGACAGAGGAUAAUAAUAAACAUGACUCAGUCCCCCAGGAUGUUGCUGCAAAUGAAAACAAGCCUGUGUGCGAGAAAUUAUUCUGUACCAGCAAACAGCCAAUGAUCCCAAAGAAAUCUGCCCGCACAACUGUUGAAAUAGCUGCGGCUGCAGCAGCUGCAAAACUGGCAGUCCAUUCCUACAGCACCAGGACAGCUAGAGGUGUCAUGAAAACUCCAGUUUCUUAUGCUUUAUUAGCAUCAGGUCUUGAAAGGAAGAAGGCGGUUGUAAACUCCAAAGAGAAAACUAUUUCAACAAUGUCAAAGAAGAAAGACUUUAUUAAGUCUAAUCCUCAGACAGACUUUAACCACCAUACUGAGGCAGAUUCCAUAAAUGAGUCUGACAGUUUAAGUGUUCUUCUGGAGAAUAAUUUUAAUAUUACCUGCACAAACACCAACCCUCUGUUUGAGCCAGAAUGUGGGAAACCGACCUGCCUGUCAUCACAAACCGGGACAGAAUAUUCAUCCACUCCUUCAGUUCAGCUAAAAGCUGAUGCUGAAGCUUUUACGCCUUUGGUUAAGCGACCUAUUAAGAAAAGCAUUGUUCAUCGAUCUAGAAGUGAGGAAGUUUUAAAUAAAAACUGUGUGCAGUUGGCAUCUAGGACUGAUGUGCAGGCUAAUAAUGAGAGUGAUUUUAUGGAUACUUACUUGAUGGAUUCCUUUGUAAACACAAUGGAAUGUGGCAGCGCAGAUGUUGACCUGCAGAAAGUGAUCAAUGAUUUAGAUACACUGACCAAAUCGCCCUUGCUGACAGCAUCCUCAUCGCUAUCGUCAACAUCAUUAACUUCACCUCUAAAGUCACCGACGGCAUUAGCGACAAUCCCAGAUUUCACCUCUCCUUUAAAAUCAAGAUCAGCUCCUCAGGGCUUUAGGAAACGGUUAAUUCAUCAAAUUAAUUCAGAGAAAAAUGGAUCCUCUUCAUUCCUGAACAUCCAGGUUGAGAAUGUAUUGGCAAACACUAGCCCUGCAAUACUAGAUAACAGUAACUUUCUGCCCGCAUCUAGUGUUCUGACACCCAUUUCUACAACAGCAGCAUUGAAUUUGGCCUCAGUCUCGACAGCUUUUACAACUUCAUUGAUCACAGGCUCUGAAGAAGUCUGUCAGAGUAUGUCAGAUGAUAAUUUUGUGGUCGGCAACAAGUAUGUCGUUGAGUCUUCAUCUAUAACUAAUUCUGAGACAGGCAGAGAUCAGACUUCAACAACUUUCACAACUGCGGUAGAUGAAUUAGCUCUGUCUUUAUAUUCACUUGGCGAAGGCAGCAAAGCUAGCAGCUUCUCCUCAAUGACCGAUAUUGAACUGGGCUUGAAGGAUGACUCAGGAGCUCAAUUCUUCCACAAACUCUUCAAAAGAAAGAGAAAAGCUAAAGGGCGAAAAGCUGCUGGUAGUGAUACAGAGGAAGGUGGAACCAAAUCCAGACCAAGAAAAGCUGCUUGUAGUGAUACAGAAGGAGGUGGAGCCAAAUCCAGACCAAGAAAAGCUGCUGGUAGUGAUACAGAAGGAGGCGGGAUCAGGUCCAAGCAGAAAAAAAAUAUGUUCUCGGAGAAUGAAGAGGCCCUCUCCAGGGUGAGACCACCUCCGAAAAAAAGAGCAAAGAUGGAAUUGGAGCUGCUGAGGGCAGGAGAGCCAGACAGGCACAGAGACACUCUGAGAAUAGAAGGUGAAGGUGACAGUGGAAGAGUUGUAGAUAAGGAUGUCUGUAAUUCAAAGUUUCAUACAAGUUGUGAAUCCACUUACUCAAAAGGAGAGACUCUGGAAUCAGAAAUGAAGGUGAGCACUUUACUUCAGCGUAAAUCAGGGGAAGGCAUUAAAAAGAGGUCUCCAAGAAGCAUCAAGGCUGAUGUCGAUGUCCUUCCUCUGUCCGAACUGGAGGUUACCAUGGAGACAAAGAUGACUUUAAUGCUGGAGGAGCUGGCUAAAACAAUGAAUCUGAAAACCAGGCAGUUUUCUUGCAAGCUUUGUCAUACUAAAAUGAGGAGUGCACGACGUACAGUCAGGCAUAUGAAUUCACAUAGCAUGAGUCAAGAAAACGCUUUGGAGAAUAUUACCAUCGGAGAAAAGGAAGUUGACCAAGAGGCUUGUGAUGUAUGUGGGUACCGAACCAAAGAUCGCAGUUAUCAUUACAUGCAUCUUCAUAAAUACUUCAAACAUGGGGUGCCACUGCCUGUGGGCUGGAGCACAGAGCGGUGUGAAAUCUGUGGCAAGGAAUGCUUCAACAAGUUCCAGCUGAAGGAGCAUAUGAUGAGCCAUGAUGACAGCCACUGCUUCGUUUGCUGGCACUGUGGGCAGAGCUUUAAGAUGAGAAACAGCCUCAACAGUCACAUCUUCCAUAAACACUCAGACAUUCGAAAGCAUCAGUGCAAAGCCUGUGGAAAAUCUUUCAAAACCUGGACACAUCUGAAGGUUCAUGUAAGAUCACAUACGGGUGAGAAGCCAUUUACAUGCUUUGAUUGUGGGCAUCGUAGUUCUACUCAAGGAAACAUCAAACUGCACCUUGCCACCCAUGGCUACUCUAAAGAGAAGAUUCAGGAGGUCAUGGAGAAGAUAUGCAAAAAUGAGCCAGAAAUGGACCCUGAAGCAUUAGACAAAGUUAUGAUCAGCCUUGCAGAGAAGAUAACAACAGAAGGAAGUCUCAGAAAGAAGUCACAGAAUGCAGCUAGUCAGCCGGAAAAAGCCUCUGGUUCCAAAGUUGGAGUAUCACAGAUUAAGCGGCUGUUAACGCAACCUCUGAAUCAAAUGAAGCCUCCAAAAUUUAUUCUGCCUAAUUUUUCUCAGUCUGCAGAAACUGUCUCAAAUAAUAAUGAGGAGAGCGGUCAGUUACAGAUACAAUGUGAUUCAAACGGUUCAGGCCUAAACACCCUUAGUCUACUGUUACAAACACAGACUCAGAAACAAGACGCAAAUGGUCUUUACGGUGGAACAUUUCUGAUAACACUUCCUUACUCUGACCAACAGCAGCAGCAGCAGCAACAGCAAGCACAGGCUCUGGAUUCUCUCUCAUCCAUGAUGGGCUACACAGUUAUUCCUACUUACAUACUUCCCAAUCAGACAAGAACAGAAACUCUCAUCGACUCAUCCACCGGUCUGGCAUUGUCUGUGUUCUCUGCCCCUGAUAUUCUGUCAUCAGGACUGAGCAUGCUGCAACCAGGCCUACAGGCAGCAGAGCUGGCCCAGUCAGAUAGCAUCUAUGCAAAUAAUACUUUUUCCAGCAUUGUUUAUUGCAAUCAGGAGUCCGAAUCUGUAAAUCUUUUGGCCAGCAGCAACACGAGACCAAGUGGCUCAACAACAUUGAUGAUUCUACCCACAGAGACCAGUUCUAAAAACGCUCUUCACCAGCAAGCACAGACUGUUUUUAGCUGUUCACCAUUGAUUCCUUCCAGCCAGUCAAUGUUAUUGCCAGUCACCCCAGUUGUACACAUAAUUCCAUCAAGUAUUGAUGCCA